CAUACGUAUUCGCAGUAUUUUCGAUACCGCCCCCUUUACAUUGCGCUUUAUCCCUUCUCCCUCUCUCUCCCAAAUCGCUCCCGCGCCCUGCUCAUACCCUUGCCCGCGACCUGGCUUGUCGUUGAUAUCCACCCACAAUGUCCAACCCUCAGACUCCCUCGACCGCCGGCGAUUUUUCAGCAGCCUCGACACCCUUGAAGAAGUUCAAGCUUGUAUUCCUGGGAGAGCAGAGUGUUGGAAAGACCAGUUUAAUCACUCGAUUUGUACGAUCCAUUUCUAGCAAACUCGGAUCUUUGUCGGUGCAUUGCAACUGACACAGUGUCAAGAUGUACGAUACCUUUGACAACACUUAUCAGGCGACCAUCGGUAUCGACUUUCUAUCAAAGACGAUGUAUUUAGAGGACAGGACGGUGAGGUUGCAGCUUUGGGAUACUGGUGACCAAGAACGAUUCCGUUCUUUGAUUCCUUCCUACAUUAGAGAUUCUUCGGUUGCCGUCAUUGUUUACGAUAUCACAAAUCGUAACUCUUUCCUCAACACCACCAAAUGGGUCGACGACGUCCGUAAUGAGCGAGGACAGGACGUCAUCAUUGUACUAGUCGGAAACAAGACGGAUUUGAACGACAAACGUCAAGUAACUCCUGAAGAACUCGACAAGAGGGCGAAGGAACUGGGUGUCAUGUCUAUCGAAACCUCUGCCAAAGCGGGGCUCAAUGUCAAGACCCUCUUCAAGAAGAUUGCUAUGGCUUUGCCUGGUGGGAGCGAGUCGAAGGACACAGCGGCCACUAAAAUUGAUGUGUCGUCAACACCUCAAGAUGUGCCUCAGGCCUCUGCCUGUUCUUGCUAG